CAAUUCAGCCAAAUAAAUUCGCGAAACAAAUCUAUAACUUUUAAAGAAAAAUGUAAACGUCGGUGACAGAUGCACUUACAAGAAUUUAAGUACAUAGAUGUCAUAAGUGUCUAAAUUUUUGUCAAGUUUUCUGCGUAUGAACAACAAUUUAUUUUUAAAAUACUCAAUUAAAAUUGGUUUUGACAGACAUAAAACGUCCCGAGUGAAUCUAGUACGUUCGCAUUAAUUACGCCAUAGUUGUGUUCGCUAUCAAUCAUGGAAAGAUUGUUUUGCGUGUGUAUGUGUGCGUAGCAGUUCUUUCAAACAGUUGCUUGAAACCACCCAUGGCGAAGUGCCCGUUCGCAAAAGAGAAGUGCUUUCUAAGCUUAGAAAAGUUUAUAUUCUAGAUGGAAAAGUGAUACAGAUUUUUAAAAUUAAUUUGGAUACUCUAUAGAGAUUCCUGGAUGUCCAAAGAUGUCGUGGGAGAAUCUUCAUGUGCUGCCACUUAGUCUCUUCAUUUUGAUCCCAGUUACAUUUAUGAUCACGUAUACUAUAUCGGUUCAGUGGGAUCACGUAGUACCUGGAUUUCCUUAUAUAUCUGAAACAGGAACAUUAUCACCGGAAUCUUGUAUUUUUGCUCAGCUCCUUAAUAUUGCAGCUGUAUUGCGUGAGUUAUUAUUUAUUCCUAUCACAAGAGCACCAAAAUAUGAUUUUUAUAUUACAUACCUCAGUUAUAAAAUGGUGCCUUCAGUAAAUGGCUGGAUGAUAGUUUAUGUUCGUGCUUGUCUUUCGGUACUCACAAUGAUGUUAACUGCAGCUACUAUUGUUCCUGGUUACAUUUCCAUGUUGGAGUUCAAAGGAAAUGACUACAAAAAAUGGUUGCCAACAGAUGGUGGUUGGGGCUUACAUGUUGCUAGUGCAGUUUCAGAAUGGGUUCUUGUAAUAGUUUACUGUGCAUUUUUACUAACCUUUGUUCCUGAAUUUCGUCAGAUUAAUUUUGAAGCUCCAGUCAUUUCACUCAUAUACUUGGACAAAGAAGAUCCCGAUAAGCCAAAAGAAAAGUUUAAAAAGACGACGAUAGAAAUUUAAAAACUGCUCCCAGACCUAUUAUCAUCGUACCGUCCCAAUUUUUCUACUUUAAACUAUUCUCAUUUCAAAUAUAGAAAGUAUACUAUUCAUAAAGUUUCAAACGUGUUUUAGCAAUUAUUUUAGAAUAAUCAAAUAAUUAUUUCAAAUAUAUAAUUCAAAAUUAUAUUUCAUAUUAAAUUCUAUAUAUAGUUUCAAAACUUUUUAUAGAACAAUUUUAUAUUUAUAAGAAUGUACAGUAUAUUAUAUGAUAAUAUUGUAGAAUUACGAAUUUAUGAAAAUUGUAGUAUUCUUAGAUGUUUCGUUUUAUUUAAUUAGGUCUCGAUAUGAAAUCAAUCUUCAUAUAAGAAAAAAAGAAUUCAUAAUAAUUAAAAAUUUCAGCUUUAGUUUUAUAUUUAAACCUUCUAUUACUUUUGAUGUGAAUUUCUUAAUUGCCAUUAUAAGUGAUAAAGAAAGCUUUCGUCUAUCUCCAAUUUUCUGAAAACCUUAUCUGCAUGUAGUUUAAAUGGCCGAUAAACAGGUCAAAGGACAAUAUUUCAUCGCAAGUAGUACGGUAUUGACUGACACUUUGUGCGCUUGCAACUAAGUUUAAAUAAUUUAAAUAUUGCGUCUCAAAUGUUAUCAUCGGGGGUGUUGACUUCUCGUGUAAUUCAAACAAAUUACAUAUCGCUGUAAAGUUUUAUAGUUGUAACCUGCAGAAAUGUUAAAAAAAUAAAAGAAAUAAACAUGUGCA